AUGAGCAAUACCGAUCAUACCACCCGGACGUUACUUCUAUCCAAAAAAAGUCCAGGCAUACUCUUGGUGUCGAGAGGUAGCGCGUCCAACAUUGACGAGGCUGCGACCCGCCAGUCGACUGGGCAUUCCCAGCUUCGCGCCUUUGAUAUCGGGAGCCUCGGUGAGAAUUCUGGACCGCUCAACUUCCCAACUGAGGGAAGGAUGCUCGGCUGGGGAUUGCGGAACUCAGUUGGCGUGGCAGAAGAGCCCGUCACAGGCGGUGUAUGGACAGUAGAGAAUUCAGCGGACCAGUUGAGGAGGAACAAUGUUGAUAUUCACACUGACAAUCCUGCCGAAGAACUCAACUUCCACGGGCACCUCAGUGAUUCUAACAAGGAUCAGGGCGGCAAUUAUGGAUAUCCAGGUUGCUUUGCUGUUUGGUCGACCGAGGGAUUUCCCGAUAAAGGCAACAUGACGACGGGAGAUCAGUUCAGUCUCAACCCAUCACGCACCCUGAACGAUACAACUUGCAAUUCCGCCUAUGUGCCCCCGAGACUAUCUUUCCAGGCGCACACUGCUCCAUUGGAUAUAAAAUUCACGCCCGAUGGCUCAGAAGCCUUUGUAACAUUCCAUGGCAGUUACACCAGCAGCUGCCCUGACCACUGCUUUCGCCCGGUAGGACUUGCUUGGGACAGUCAGCAGAGACUCUUCAUGACAUCAGAUUCGACGGGUGAAAUUUAUGUCCUUCAGCGGACCGAUGUCUCAGUCUCGACCAGUUCUCCGGCCAUCCCUGUUCCAACAUCAUCACCCGACGCUGCAGCAACUUUAGUCCCCUCCCGGCUCACCUCUUUUGGCAGCCUUGCGGUCUCAGUAUUUGUUUUCAUGGGAAGUGCGGGCGUGGUCAGGCUGAUCCUUCUCUGA